GCCUAAAAUCCUUGCUAUAGAGUUGUGUUUACCCUCGUAACAAAGCUUUUUGUGUAAAACAAAUCCCUUUUCGUAGGACGUGCUUUCGUCUGCAAGAUAUCACUGCGUAAUUGUCUGAUACGCAUAAUAUUAUGGAAAUGAUCGGUGUAUAUGUCUCGAAAUAGGAAUCGGACGGUUCAAGAGCCACUGUUGUCACGCGCUCAAUUAUGUGCGACACAGGUGAGAACUCGCUGGUGGGCACGCGUACUGUUAGUUUCAUGGUUCUUGGCUGAAACGAUAUUUUCACAUAGCAACGUUUCACAUAAGCAGAAACAAUUCAAAACGGACAAGAUAAUGCUUGUUUCGGUAAAGACACGAGGCCGUUGAGCUCAGGAACGUAACCCUGUACAUUCGAUUUGCAGGGUAUGAUCGGUUAGUGAAAUUCGCCGAUCCUGCAUUAUUCGAAAUAGUAGUAUCGCAUAAAGCAGUGGUCUGAGUCACGUAAAAGGUUCCCAUAGGGUUUGUGGAACAACUUGUAUAUUCACUACCAGGCGCAUUAUUUAGUGAACAAUUGUUAUGCCGGACAUAAAGUGCCAUAAGAUAUAUUGUCGUAAUGAAUUCGAUUCGACUGUCAGCCGGAACGGAAUUAGUAUCGGUCGACAGUCUGAUUUUGAGCUUUACUUGCACCUCCACGUAUACGUACAUGCGUGCGUGGCAUGGCUUGUGACUUGUUAUUACUAUUCUAUAGCAAAAUAUUUUGGCGAAACCGUGUUUUUUUGCAGACCGAGUCGAAUUCACUACGGAUGCUAGAAACAUGACAUGUCUCACCGACUUACUAUGCAGUUAAGUUUUUGUUUUUGUUUAUCUUUAUCCUGAAGAAAAUUUCUUCAUUCGAUACGAAAUAUGAAGCUCAAAUGAGACCAGACGUAAUUAACCGAUUGAAUGUGACAACAAUCGUAAAACCUUUCAAAGAGUUGAGUAUGUUACGCGGAGCUGCUUUUAGCGAAACAGUCAGUAGUUGAUAUAGUGGUUUAGCUAUCAUUAAAGAACGUCGGCCGGAAUCGCAAAAGAAAGAGUUGCCAAUUACGUAAUUUAAAAAUCGUAUUUAUUCCUGAAAUUCUAACACUAUGCCAAUUUUCAGACUGGGCGAAUCUAAUGAAAUGCACGACUAAAUAAAAGGGAAGAAAGGCCUUAUCGAAACCUAUUUCACCUAAAUAGCUUCGUCGAUCUUUGUUAAUUAAUUAUAAAUACAAUAUUAAUAAGGUCCGACUAUUGGUACAGACGAAAAUCUUGCAGUCAUUUCAUCCGUCCUUAACAGCCACCGUUCAAACUUCCUGGCUUAAGCUCGAGUUUAGAAUGCAACCCCGAUGUGGUAUAUCGACUGACACCUAAACCAGAAUGGACUAGUAUGUAUCAGUAGUUAUGCAUUUCGUAGACUUUGCUUCUUUUUUUCUUUAACAUUUUGGAAAAAGAAGCGUCUCUGUUGGUUUUAUUCGGUUUUCUCUGAAGGCGGCUUGCUUCGCCGUAACACAAAGUCUGCCGGAGAUAGGAUUUUCAUCACCCAUUAAGGCUAACGCCUAUUGUCUCGGCAAGACCUUUUCUGUCAGAGUGUUAGAAGCUGCCCGUUUGGUAGCUGAGGGGGUUGCAAUUAUCUCAGGCAGUUGAUCGCGUGUUACAGUCAUUUUUUACUGUAACGUUUCCAACGAGGCCAAAUCGCAAAUGUAAUAUGAUUUGUAAAUAAGUCCUACCUCAACAAUUAUAGCAAGCGUUAUAACUGGAUCAUUUUAUGCUUUCAUGAUCAUGUAGGCGGGCACAUCUUGCCAAAGUUGAAAGAAGAAUAUUGCUUGUGCCUUGUCCCAUCUUUCGUGCCAAUGUUUAUUAGGAUGAUGUAAAAAAGCCACUAUACUACAAGAAAAACAACAUUUCCUUGUUGGUGUGUCCGUUUGUACCAAAUAUGCUUAUACACAAGCGACAGUUAUCGUUAAUAGUCAAAUGAGCUUCGAUAGUUUGACGACAAUGAAAAACAUUGAACUUGAACUAAUAUGAAAUACGAUGAAAAAUUGUAUCGUAAAGUUGAUAUCACAUUAUCACGAUAGAGCCGGUCACCUACCACCAUACUGUGAAGCCGCUCGCAGCAACUCUAGCCGAAUAUUACAUUAUGGUAAAUAAGACCAACGCAUCGGCCAUACGUAGCAGUAUCAUGUAAUAGUCUUCUCGUAGCUACUCGUUACGACCCGCUCAAGUCAGGAGCAGCAGCGGCGGUACAACUACCCGCAAAUGGUAACAACAGAAGCAGCGCAAGCAGUAAAUAGCGUGGACGAGUAAAGGCAGUUGGUGAAUGGGAGACCUUUCUGUUUGUAUCGUACGAUCGAGAACUUUAAGCCGCAGCCGGUUCUCCGUUGAUGGUACCGCUUCUAACGAUGGUUUCUCCUGGUGAUUACAGUAGUGGCUGACUGGCCGCUAGUCGCUUUAACGUGCAGUUAUGUUUCCCAGCGGCUAUCGUGUGGGGACGGCCAACAGCAAUAGCAACAGGCAUAAAAACGACAGCGGAUGUACCCAGCCGUUCGUAGACGACCGUGUGUAAACACUCCGUAACAACUGCGCAAGCUGGUGUGCUGUCGACUCGCCGGUCAGCUGGCUGGCUAGCUGCUCAAUACGCCCAUUAUAUAUCAAACGUCGUAUAUACACGGUACGAUGCGUGGGCGAUCGUAGGCUGAACCAGCGGUGGCGCCAGUGGUUUUCGGUCUAGGUAACGGAACCAGAGGUUAGCGGGAUUCUUUAUGCUACCGCAGUUCUCAUCAAUAUAAUGCAGGACUUUAAGGAUGGCCUGAAGCUAGUCGAUACACGAUUGUAAAGGCAUGUUAUGUCAACGACCUUUUGGCCUUCGCUUGGGAAGCAGAACUGGACCCGCGUAAAAUGCCUGACGAUGACUACAAGUUGUUAUAUAUAGCCGAAGAUAAGAAAAAAUUCUUACAUCAUUUUGCCAAACUUUUCUACUACUCGGUUUUUUAUUGACUAAGCGGCGUAACAAACAUCAGUUCCGUCAGUUAAUUCAACUCUAAUUGUCAAUUAACGUUAUAUUUUUUACGUGCUCAACCAAUUUUAUAACAGUGACAAGUUAAGCAGCACUGGGUAGAAUAGAAAAUGAUCUUUUCAUUGAUCCCUGUCGCUUGAUGUUGUCGAAUUUCCUAAACUCCCUAACGUUACAUUUUGUAACUUAGCUUGAAUAGAUCCUAAGCAUGCUACAGAAGCCGUAACCCAUUUAAUAACUUGCAUCAUAUUCAUCGAGUAAUUGGCUUUUCGACUGUGGAUAAACCAUUGCAGCAAGUUUAGGACAAUGUUCCCUUUAGGAUCCUAUUGCUAUAUUGAAUCAGCACAUGGCUAAAAAAUAAAUUCGGAAAAAAUCUGCACGUUUGACACAUACCGAGCCCGCGAUAUAGCCUCUACUAACGCGAUUACGACUGCGUCAUUCAGGUUGGCGUCGCUGAAUUCGUGAAACACGGCUGUACGUGUAGUUCCGCGCGUUUCCGAAAAUGAACUUUUCGGGCUCUAUCAAUGAAAUUAGUUACUUUACCUCGAGUUACCCGUUACUCUUACCUGCCGGUAGAAACAGUAGGCACAUAGCCCGUUGAGCCACGGGCGGAUUUUGAGACUCGAAACCACUGUUGAAAGUAGUGAAUAGCUUAAAAAUUAAGUCAACAAACGUCAUGUUGGUCGUCAAGAAGAGAAUAUUUCAGUAGGAACGGUUUUCCAUCAUCCAUUUAUGAUCUCAGACUUAUUUUGGCAGCAAAUAAGUGUGCCAGAUGUCAAAUAGCAGCCGUUAUUCUUUUCACAGUGAAUAAUUUUUGUUACCUCACCAUCUAGGCAGUAUUUUUCUCGUUUUUUAUGUGUUCCCGUUCCUUUUUCUCCUUUAUAUUGUAACGUAGUUUAUUUUAAGUGAGGCUGAAAACCUUUCUGAGGUUAAGUAGACGCUUAACACGACCGUCAAAAUAAGUUACCAUAUAUUCCAUUGUUUUUUUUCCCGAUAUUACGAACUUACGAUAUUUUCUCCUAGUUACGCUUUAAUUUUAUAGUGUUUGUAUUUGGUAUCCUACAGUCUGUAAGAUGUAUGAAGUAUUCUAUUACAAAGCAUAAUAAUCUUCCGCACCCCCAUUAUCUAUGUAUCACAGUAUCUUUUCGUUUUGUCCUUUUGUAGCUUUUUCCUGUAGCUUUCUUAACGGAGCACAUGAUUAUUGUUUGUACCUGUCUCUGUAAUUACUCCACACCAACUUUAGAACUAAAUUUAAUCUAGAGAAACUGAACUUGACAUUUCCAUGAACUGUCAAUACGUUUCCUGUCUUCAAUAUAAAGAUUCCUAAGUGCUUCAUUACUAAUUUCUGCUUUAUUAGCAUCCUCAGUCAAGUCUCAUAUGAUGCCUCCGCCAGAGCCUUUCUCAUUCAAAAAGUGGAGACACCGAAUUCCCCUCAAUGAAUUGCAUUGGACAAGUCAACGGCGUUAAAUAGUUUGAUGGUCUGUUAGCUGUUAGAUGGUAUUCUAUACGCGUUUUUGAUCCUUUUAACAUCAUUGCCUUAAAAGCAUGUUUUUAAUAACUUUACACCGCUUAGCCACUCUUUUUGGGGCGUGCUUUAUACGAACUUUUCUAAUUAUUUAUUGAAACCAAAAUAUCGUUACCAAUGAUAGUUAUCGUCACAGUCGACAUAUUCGGUCUCAGAACCCUACUUACACUUGUACGAAGGCUAUGAUGGCUGGCGAUAUUGCUUUGGACAACGCCAAAUAUGACAACGACCGGUGGCCGGUCUGAAAGACCUUCCAACAGGAAAAAGGGUCAUCUGGCCGCUUGCCUACUUGUCUGCGUGCUUACCUGGCGUUUAUUUGGCUGAUCAGACAUUUUGCCGAGUCUCUUGCCUCGCCAGUUAGUUCCACCUGCAGUAUGUCGCUGCGACCGAUCCUGUUGCUUCGUUCCAUCCUUCCCCCUUUAUGAGAGUAGAUAGAAGAGGAUUUGUUGAAAGACAACGCGACGUAUGCGCCCUCUGUCGAGACAACCACAAAUUAAGUUUCUCUGCUUGGUUCCUUCGUUGUUUAGUUCGUGCUCACUGUUACGAGUAAUGGUAUGCCGUUGAUUUCGUCUCUUAGAUCUAUGGGAGCAUCUGAUCGUAGCUAUGGCAGAUUCGUAUUAAGUAUGGGGCCACGCAUUCUUUAUAACCAGCUUGAUGAGUAGGCGCACAAACCGGUCGACUAUAUAACUGUCAUUGACGGUGCACUGACGCAAGAAAAGGCCAGAAAUAAUUGGCAUCUCUUGUUACAUUACCAUGAGCUGCCGAUUGUGAUACUAAGGAAUGAUCAGACAAAGGGUCUAAGAAAUUGUCAUGGGUGAUGGUAAGUCCAUUGGUAGACUACUUUUUUGAGCGCGAUUCCGAAAACUGUAGGUUCCUUGGAUAUAAACAAGGGCUUGUCGACAGUCUGACUACAAGUAGUAGUCAGCUUUAGUACAGCUCAGAAACUAGUCAGGUCAGAUUGUGUCAGUUCAGAGGUUACUUCAGGUUUUUUUUUAUUUCUACCUAUACCGUCAGGCCUGUGCCGUAGACGGGAGAAGCUGUCUGAAUAAAAUUUCGCUGGCAAAAGAAUUGAAGAAUUUAAAGAAUAAGUUGUAAGUUCUUAUUGGACUAGCUUAGAAUUACGACGAUCUGAUCGUCCUAUUAAUUUCAUAAUACGUGUAAGGUUUCUUACGUGGGCAUUACUGUGUUAAACAUCCAUUGGGAACUGAGGGCCUAAUGGACGAUAGCUAUAAAUUGUUGCGGGCGCCCUUUAAUGAACUUUAACUUGAAAUAUUGCAAAUAAGUAAGCGAAUUCGUUAAUCGUUGAUUGCUCAAUAAUAACUACCCACGACGCAUAUCCGAACACACAUAAAUCUCAGUCAACUGCGUAUCGUGCUUUUAAGCCGAUUGCGUGCUUAAAUUUCAUUCGGCAUGAAGACCAGCUGAACGAGCGUCGCCAACGGGAAAUUGGCCAGUCAAACGGGUAGGGUUAAUAAGUCCUUGUAGUUACUCCCUAUACUAAUCAAAUCAAGUCGAACAAAUUCGGGUUUUUUUUUUGUUGACGGCAACAAACAAGAUUAUAACGACAUAAAGUACGAUGCGACACGACAUGAACAGCUGCAAUAAAUACAGUAAUAAAACAAAGGUCAACACUAUUUAUACAUUACUAGAAAAAAGCCAACACUACUAGAAAAGUAAAUUCGAUGACAAAUCGGUUGUGACAUGAUUCAUCCAUUAGUUUCUGAAUAAUCAUAAUAACCGCUGCAUAUUUUUUUAUCGCAUCUCGCACGGAAUACUCUAAUUAGUGAGAAUGAAUGAAAUUGGUUAACUGCAUAACUCCCACAUAUAUAUAUCUAUAUGUGCAGCACCCUGUUAAAAUAUUGCAAAUUGACGUGCAGAACUUCCUAUUUAUAAAGGUGUAGCAAGCAGCGUUUUAUCCUUAUAUUCUCGAAAAUUUUGUGUGCGUCGGCAAAUAAUAUAUGAGAUAGAGUUCAGUCUUCCGGUAGUGAGCAAAGCGAAUGCAGGCGACAAACUCAGACAUAAGUUCCUAUAUAUGCUGUAGAAACUUUGCCUUCGUUCAGUACUUAAACAGCAGACGCCACAGAGUUGCAUUCACUGCAGUAGCAGCAAGGAGUUUCGAUUGCACACCGAACGGUUACGACCGGACUGAGGUACUUCACAAUCUUGGUUUCAGAUCGCCUAAUCGUUUAGUCGGCUGUUAUAUGGUGGAAACGUGUAUCUGCAGGGAGUCGACCACGGAUUUGUCGAGACGUUAGGGGGUAAGGCAAUCCGAUAACGAACGACAGCGUAUAGUUCGAUGCUCGGUGGUUAAACCAGUACUGCUACCGUGACAUUAUUAACUUCAAGCCAGAAACAUAGGAAAGAUACUGAAGGUCUUCGGUGUCACAAGCUGUUGGCCAAUGACAAUGUUUGCCAGCCCUUGAUGUUCACAGCGUAGUAAUCAUUGGUGCCCUGAUUACCGACCUUCGUGCGUCUAUAUUUCAUCUUCGUUUCCGUGAGUUGGACAAUUCUUUUUCAAUAUUAGAGUAACCGAGCGGCAGGGACGGCGGGCGACUUCGAGAAAAUAGACUUCCCCGGUCCUCAGUCGGUAGCAGGAAACCGAAGCUGACCGAGGUAACGAAGUCGAAAAAACAACGUCGGAGACAAACGAACACAUGGGAAAGAGUCACUAUUGAAUCACUAUCGAUUCCCUCAAACGGCUUCUGAGAUUCGAUAUCAUUCUGGACGAGAAGCGAUAUUGCCGCAAAAGGCUCCAAUAUGAAUGUCAAUGUUCAGGGAAUCCGGCGCAACGUUAAAAACGUUGUUCGGAAUUACACCGACGCACAGGUGAAGGUUCGUGAAGCAACUUCGAAUGACCCCUGGGGGCCACCGUCGGCUCUCAUGGGGGAGAUCGCAGAUUUGUCAUACAAUGUUGUAGCGUUUACGGAGAUCAUGCAAAUCAUUUGGAAAAGGUUAAACGAUAAUGGAAAAAACUGGCGUCACGUAUACAAAGCAUUGGUGCUGCUUGAAUAUUUGAUCAAGGUUGGAAGUGAACGUGUGGCCACUCAAUGCAAGGAGAACAUAUUCGCCAUACAGACCCUAAAAGAUUUCCAAUACAUGGACGACAAUAAGGAUCAGGGUAUGAAUGUACGCGAAAAAAGUAAACAGCUUGUCACUCUGCUCAAAGACGACGAACGGCUGCGCCAAGAGCGAGCUCGCGCUUUAAAAGCGAAGGAGCGUUUCGCGCAGAACACUAAUACCGCGAGCUCCUCUCAUGACGCUAUCGGCGGCGGCAGCGGAGGCGGUGGAACUGGCUAUGUCGAUGAUUUAUCUUCUCCACGCGGUGACUAUCGAUCUGUAUUAGCAUCCAGUUCAGAGUUGGAAUCAGCGCGGCCUCAGACGGCCGGGGAGGAAGAGCUGCAGCUUCAACUCGCUCUGGCUAUGAGCAAGGAAGAGGCCGAACAGGAGGAACGGCAACGCAAAAACGAUGACCUGAGAUUGCAGAUGGCCCUGACGGAAAGCCAGCAAGAUAAUGUCAAGCAAGGCGGCGCCACCGCGUCAAGCGGGGCUUUCUCUGCUUCUAACGGUUCAGCUGCGUCAUCGUCCGCGCCGAAAAGCUGCAUGGAUGAUCUGCUUGGACUGAAUCUUGCUGGACCCACAGUGGCGCCCGCACAGUCCGCCGAUCCGUGGGGUUUGCCGGCUGCCCAAGCAGCAGCAGCAGCCUCUCGACAUAUCCCGGGCUCACAGGUGGUGGAUGCUAUGUCCGUGCCUCUCGUUGGAGCCGUCGGCGGAGCCGGACCCACUGGAACUGUUGCUACUCCACGUGGAGCUGUUGGGGGGGCCGUAAGCGGCGUCGAUCCGUGGGCGCCAGCUCCCCCAGUGGCUGUUGAUCCCUGGGCUCCACAACCAGCCAGUUCACUUCCUUCGGCCGCCCCAGUCCUUGAUCCAUGGGCUGUAAACGGUUCGUCUGGAGGUGUUUCAAAAGGCGAACUCGACGAGUUUGACCUGAUCUCGAGACAGCGAGCCGCCAACAUGUCACCGUCAAUGAUAGCCCAACUAGGCGGCACCAAUGGCAGCGCUAGCCAAUCGCCGGCAUUCGAUAUGUCUGGCCUAGGUGGCGCUUUGCCGAAGAACAGCAGCGCAGUGGCUGGACAAGACAGCCGAAUGCGAAAAACGCCCGAAUCUUUCCUCGGCGCUAAUAGUAAUCUCGUAAACCUUGACGCGCUAGUUACGGCGAAGCCAGCAGCGCCGUCCGCUAACCCUUUCGGCACCGGGAUGCCCGCCGCUACCAGUCUGCUCAAUCCGUGUCCGGCUCCUCAGCAGAACCCCUUCCAGGCAUUGAAUAAAGCUCCCACAAUGAAUGAACUUCGUGGCGGCCCUACGGGGGCCGUUUUCGAAGGUUUCGCCGCUGGUGCUCCAACCCGAACAACACCUACGCCUGGCUCAGUAAACCCGUUUCUGUGAGCAAAAUAACACUCAGUCGGAAAUAAUUUUCUAAUUGUAAUUCUGAUAUCGUCGUCUAACUAUGUCAUCUGUUAGAUCGUUUCAGUGAAUACAACACUUGUAUCAGGGUUUUCCUCCUUCGUUCAGUCUUGUGAUUUCUGCCAUACGGCUCCGUUCCAACUUUCCACUUGCCACUCGUUCAACGCUUGCUGCAACGGUGUGGUAGUCUCAUAAAUUUAGUAAAUACUAAACACUAGAUUAUAAUAUAACGAAUUGAUUAUAAACUGACAACCAAAAAAACCUGCAACAAAGCACUUUUGAGCGAGUGGCCGAGUCGACAGCAUUAUCCGAAAGGGACAAAAUCUGAAAGCUGAGCUGAAAAGGCAGAAACCGAUCUAAGUGGACGGUGUCAAUAUAGAGGUGGGUUAGUGGUCGUAACAAAGCAACAGUCCUGAUUGCUGCUACUACAACUAAGCCAUUAGCUAAAAGAACCACAACGACAGCGUACAUCAAUAGCCACUUGUCACUCCCAGUGGCGUCGUAGUUCGUUUCUCUUUACGUCGAUGUCAAUCACGUAACAAAACAAACAUGUAACCGAAAUGUCGGACACCCUUUACUCGGCUGUAAAAUGGGGCGACCCAUUUUAGCGGCCGUACUUAUAGUUUUCAAACGUUUUGGGCAACAUUUCAAGUUUUCAUAAUCUCACGCUUCAUAAUUUUGGUCCAAAAUUCAUUUUGGGCUUUGAAUCAACCAUGUUACUAAAAUGUCAACAAUCGAUGAACCCACGGCAGAACAUAACUAAACCACCGAUAAAUAAGGAUGACGGUAAACCACUAACGAGGUGCUGCAACAUAAAAGUAAUAAGAUUCAUCGUAAUAGUGAUAUAUAAUAUAAAAAUCUAACUUAAAAGUAACAUUUUAUGAAUGACAGUGAUAAUUUGAGUCACAUUCAAGCACAGAUGCAUCUUUUGCAAACUAUCACGCGACUACACCAUCUUGUAAAACCAGCGUUAAUUACAGACAGUACUGAAAUUUUAAUUAGUUAUCGUAAUAAACACUGUAAUCGAUUCGCCGAUAAGGGAUAUCAAGGCCUAUUGAUGUCCAUUGCAUGCUACUGGUGAGAUCUAUUGAUAUCAUCCAUGCAUACUAUUGUGGUCCUAAUUAAUAAGGAUAACGGUCUGGAUGUGCUGACCUGUAGAUGACGAUGAAUGCGCCUUUUUUUUUACCUACGCCACCCAUAAACAACAACUGACUGAAUACUUGACGCUAGCAGAGACACUCCUGUGUCCUGCGACACAUCGCAAGGCGAACAAAUGUACACGAAGCAAACGACGGGCUUGACUAGAGCCAGGCGGGGUUUACAGCACAAGUACGCAACCUGAGUAGCAGUAACGGCAAAGUAAUCCAUGCCAUAACCAAUCCGUAAGAAAAAAUUCUAUGGCCGUACUAAUAUCAACAGGAACUACGUAAACAAAACAACGCUGUGUAGUAAAAUGUUGUUGCAACUUGGUUGCCAGCUCGAUUUGCAGUAACUAAACGUAGGUUGAUGAUUUGACUAACAUAAUCAACAGCAUAAUGUCGGUAACGGCCAUAAUGUCACGGGAAAAGAUAACAACGAAGUCGGAAAAGACUGUGUGAAACCGACGCCCAAAGCGGAUUGCUGGGUUAGCGUAGGCGGACGAACGGCUUGAGACUGUGACUUGUUGUUCCGACGAGCUCGCACAUCGCUACUAUACAGUUGAAGUUGAGGUGAAAUUACACAAACAAUGAAAUUCAAACCUGUUGGCGAAACAUCAAAAGUAGUCUUUAGAAGCGACAACCGUUAAAAAAGUUCGUGGCUUUCCUCUUGCUUCAUGUUCUAAGCCCGUAGGCGCUUACGGCCAAAAAUUCUCUAGUGAUCUACGGAUAAAGCGAAAAGGAAGACAUUUUCGUUUAUCGUCAAUGCCUUCAUUGUCCUCAACUAGCACGUAUUAUGACCGUAGUAUUAUUUCUCCUUAGGCGAUGCACCUACGGCGGAGUCACACGCCAAUUGACCCAACUGGCUUUGUUCCCUCCUGUUGCUUUUUUUGCGGUAGAUGAUAAAUCGUUUCGGCAACAAUUAGCGACACUGAAUGAUGAUCAACAGGUGGGCAUAACAAAUUUUGUGUCGAGCACCGUAACACCGGAUCCGCGGGAACUUCCUGCUUUUAAAAAGGUAUGUAUUCGGGUUGGAAAGUAAAACAAGAAUUGAAGUAGUUAUGGACGCCAAGUUUUCGAAGAUAUGCAGAGUAACUCUCAGUAGCUAGAAGUAACUCUCGGUAUAUAGCAGGUGGACAAGUGUGGUGCUCAAUAGUAGUUUCAUGUGAUUCAUAAUGAUAAGCAACGGCGGCAUAAGGCUCGAGAAGAUUUUUGUAUAUGUGUGUUACAUACAUAUAUAUAUGUAAGGACAGAUGUAUACAACAACAGAACGGCUGGCUAAAAUAAAAGAUCGUUAAUGAAUGCUGCUGAUCUUAGACGGUGGAGAUGAAUUUUAUCACCGAGUAUAUGGUAAUAAUACCAGAAUCGUUACGGUUUUUGCACGUGCAUCCAAAACGAAAAACCUGGCUGGCUGGCUGGCUGGCUUAGAUGGUUCGCCUGAAUUCAGCUAGAAACAAAUCUCUUCUUUAUGGAUCGACAAAUAUGCGUAUCGUCGUGAAACGGUUGAAAAGUAAUGACAUAUAUACAGGCGUUUAAUACUGAUGGACACAAAAACAAGCUAGACUUGGCCACCAAAUAGAAAGAUAUCAAAGAACGAAUAGGUGUGUAGCGGAGAAAACACGAAAAUGGCAGAACAGACAGACGGUAGGGAAUAACGGAGAGAGAAAGCGAUAAAAACACUUAUAUUUUCAAACAAUUCCUAUAAUAACGCAAGACAACAACAGCAACAACCAUCCAACCACUUUAGGAUCAGCGGCAGAUAUAACAAAUAAUAAAAUGUCAACCGCCGUCUGAAGUGGUGUCUAAUGGCCAAAAAUAAUCAGUGGGAAAGAAUGGAGAAUGUGAACGUGCUGAAGAACAGAGAGAUGGACGCACUGUUGAUCACCAAACGCGUUGACCGGGAGAUGGUCAAUUUCUGUCCAUUUGCUUGCUAUAAUAUUUGCCUUGUCUCGAGACCAGGAACGUGGAGGCAUGGGAAAAGGAAAGCACAGCGAGAAAGAUCUUGGUAAAACAUGCGGGCUAAUAUUGACGACAAAUAUAAACCGGGAAAAAAAUUACUAGCAGUUGAAAUAUGCCAAAAAUUGCUAAAACACAAAUGAAUAGCCGAGAGAAAGGCAAGCGAAGAGUGUGCGGAAUCGACAAAAUAUGAGAAGAGGUACUAUAGCGCUUCAAUAUAUAUUAAGUUUCUAGCGCAAGGUUUCUGGAGAUUCUCCUGGCGAUCAUUUGGCACAUAAUACGUAGACUAGCUGAGGAGAGGAAGAAGCAAGACGAAUAAGGAUCUUUGGGAUAAAGUGGUGAUAAAAAAUGGAAAAUUAUUACUAGCUUUGACAAGAUUUUGAUGAAAUAAAGAUUGAAAAGGAACAGUGAACACAAUAGAUCCGAUCGUGCACAAGAUAAAUCUGAUAAUGAGGUCUACGACGAGGACAAUGCUGAUGGUAACGUUGAGGCCCUAAGACUUAAAAUAACACAAAGAAGCGUUUUUAAGGCGUGUGCAGUAAAUGGACACGCGGCAGUUGAAAAUCGAACACGAAGGCCUCUAGCGACGGAACAGCGAGCCAACGAGCAAUAAGGCGAAGUAUAUGGGAUCUGACGCGGAUUUCACGUCUCAGUAGGAUGGGUGGUUAGUGAAUAACAAUUUGCUCGUUUCUAAGUAAAAGGAAAGAAACUUGGAAAUUGCGUAUAGAUACUGAUGGCUAUAGACAAUUAACACAAAGGAAACAGAGCAAGAGCGAACGACGGAAAAAGACAGAUGACAUGAACACCGAAAUGGAGAAAGCAAAUAGGACAUUUUGCAACAAAUACGUCUUCAUAUAAAAGGAUUGUUACACAACAAAAACAACACGAUGAUUAGCUUUGAGAUGUAUAAACCUAGGUAUAUAAUGAACGAUGCUAAUGAUGAUAAAAGAUGAUGAUGAUGAUGAAUGAGGUAACGCCUUGCUAGGGCAGCAUUUGAAGUAUCGUAAACAAACAAAAGCAAACAAACCAAUCUUAAUAAACACAAAGCUCUUUUACAACAUGUUC